AGUUGCCAGCAAAUUGUCAUUGUGAAAUAAAAUUUUGAAUGUCCCGCGUUAGUGCGCAGCGAAAAGCAGGGCGUUUCACGUAAAUCGCUUUCAAAUAUUUUGGCGAUUGUUUCAAGUUAGCCGGACAAGUGACGUGGUUGAGGGAAUAUUUGCUUAGUUCCAGAGAAAUUGCGGUCGGCCUCAAUUAGUGGCUGGACGUUGUGUUUUGUUAGGGUUUCGGUAGCCGCUCGGGGCUGCGCAUUGUUCGUUUCACCGUCUCUCACUUUCAGUUACGCGCUGAUAACAGAGACCGAUAUAUACCGGCCGUGACAGUUGGCGUGAAUCAAUCGCAGAUCAACGUCCGUAGAAGACCUCCUCGAAGUACGGUCGUUUCAACUGCAGUGCUAAUACGAGUCAGUAGUGAUUUAAAUAGUUUUGUACAUUUGGAUUAAUUCAAAAUGGCAUCCGGUGUUACUGUAUCGGAUGUGUGCAAAACCACCUAUGAAGAAAUCAAAAAGGACAAGAAGCAUCGCUAUGUGAUUUUCUUCAUCAAAGACGAGCGACAAAUCGAUGUGGAGGUGAUCGGAGCUCGCGAUGAGGAAUACGACCAGUUCCUAACCAAUCUGCAAGCAGGAGGGGCCGGCGAAUGCCGCUACGGUCUUUACGAUUUCGAAUACACCCAUCAGUGCCAGGGCACGUCCGAGGCCAGCAAAAAGCAAAAGUUGUUCCUUAUGUCGUGGUGCCCCGACACUGCCAAAGUCAAAAAGAAGAUGUUGUACUCUAGCUCUUUCGAUGCUCUUAAAAAGUCCCUGGUAGGUGUACAAAAGUAUAUUCAAGCGACAGACUUGUCAGAGGCUAGCCAAGAAGCGGUGGAGGAGAAACUGAGGGCCACCGAUCGUCAAUAAGCUGCGAGGCGCGUGCUCGAUUGCUUACUAUUCUAAUUUUUUUCUACGACUGUCAUCUACUCACGCACCAAACCUUUAAGAGGUGUAUUAUUUAUAUAAGUAUUCGAUUAAUAAAAUAAAGCUUCAUUUUUUCAAACUGUACUCGAAUUGAGUUUUUUUUCUAAUUCAACUUAACUUUGACUGUAUCAAUGUGUAACCGUUGUGUAACUAAUAUGUGCGAAAUUAAAGCGGUUUGGCCCUAA